AGCCUCCCUUCGACGGGGAGGAUGAGGAGGAGCUGUUCCAGGCCAUCAUGGAGCAGACCGUCACCUACCCCAAGUCGCUGUCCCGGGAGGCCGUGGCCAUCUGCAAGGGGUUCCUGACCAAGCACCCUGGGAAGCGCCUGGGCUCCGGGCCCGACGGGGAGCCCACCAUCCGUGCACACGGCUUCUUCCGCUGGAUCGACUGGGAGCGGCUGGAGCGGCUGGAGAUCGCGCCACCGUUCAGACCCCGCCCGUGCGGCCGCAGCGGCGAGAACUUCGACAAGUUCUUCACGCGGGCGGCGCCGGCGCUGACGCCCCCAGACCGCCUGGUCCUGGCCAGCAUCGACCAGGCGGACUUCCAGGGCUUCACCUACGUGAACCCCGACUUCGUGCACCCGGACGCCCGCAGCCCCAGCAGCCCCGUGCCCGUGCCCGUCAUGUAAUGCCACCUGCAGCCGCCAGGUGGCGCAAGCGCCCCUCCGCCGCCACACCGCCCCCUCCCCACGCCAGACGCGGCGCCGCGGCGCGCCGGCCUCCCCCCUCCCGAGCGGCCCGGGCCACCGCCGCCGCCGCGUGCAGCCGCCAGGGCCUCGCCGCGCUCUAGGUCUUGCGGCGUCGAGCCGCUCUCGCCCCUGCAUUCAGCACUGC